AGAUGGCCGGAGAACUGGCAGACAAGAAGGAUCGCGAUGCGUCCCCGGUGAAGGAGGAGAGGAAACGUUCCCGCUCCCCUGAGCGGGAGAGGGAGCGGGACCGGGACCGCAAGAGCUCCCCGGCCAAGGAGCGGAAGCGACACCGAUCCCGGGACCGGAGGCGGAGCCGCUCGCGCUCCCGGUCCCGCUCCAAGUCCACAGAGAGGGACCGGCGGCACAAGGAGCGGGACCGUGACCGCAGCAAGAAGGAUCGGGACAGGGACAAGGAUGGGCACCGGCGGGACAAGGACAGGAAGCGAUCUAG